AUGGAGCCUGGCAUCACUCACGGUUUGCUUAUUUUUCUCUGCUACUUACCCCUCGGAUUGGCGGACGAUAAUAUUCAUACCGGUCUGUUCUGGCAGCUCACAGACGUCCAUGUGGACUUGAACUACGAGAAACACGCCUGUCAGGGACCAUUGGGUGACCCAAAUUGCGACUCGCCACUCAGCUUGUGGCUUUCAGCGCUAAACGCCACUCGUCAAGUGCUUAGCUCAACACCGGACUUUGUUGUCUUCUCCGGAGACUCCGUCAGCCAUGGCAACAUUACGCAACAUGACUUUGAACGCACUAUGGAGACGGUAGCUUCAGCUCUGAAGGCUGUUUUUCCAUCGGAGCGCUCGAAGCAACAGCCACGUAGCAGCAUUCCGGUAAUCGUCACCUUGGGCAAUCAUGACGUCUUUCCAGACAACGAUAUGUCCGUUGAGAUGGACGACGCGGACCGACGGCGGUGGUGCACCCGCCUUGGUUCAAGUUCGACGCUUUGGGGCGAUUGGAUUGCGAAUGCCUCCGACGCCGACGUGGAUGGAUUUAACGAUGGGUGUUUCUACUCCCUUCGUCUUCGAGUCGGUGAAACGGGAAAAGCGCUACGCAUCAUUUCCCUUAACGGACUCUUCUAUACUCCCCGAAACAGACGAAGCAAUUCCAGCAUUCCCGAUCCCCUCGGCCAGUUCCAAUGGCUCACCAAGCAGCUUCAAUCUGCCCGUCGUGAGAGGCAAAAGGCCAUAAUCAUAAUGCACUUUCCCCUGGGAGCACCCGAGAAUUCACCCGUGGAAUUUCAUCACCUCUACGAGAUCUACAACCAGCGUCUCCUCCAAAUCUUCACCGAAUUCGUCGAUGUGGUCGCUUUUGGCCUUUUCGGUCAUCAGCACACGGACUCCUUUCGUUUCAUUUCCUCCAUUUCUGAGGAAGGAGCAAAGUUCGUUCCCCUGAUACCUCUAUUUAACAUGCCUUCCAUCAGUCCAAUGAAUUUCACGAACUUGGGUGCCUUCAACCCACGCGUUCGUGUUUUCAACUACUCCAUCACAUCAACCUCUAUCCAUCUACAUGACUUCUACCAGUUCUACACUGACCUCUCCAGCACUAGCCCCGACACCAAAGCCCCAUGGAGUCUUGAAUAUAGUGCUACCAAGGCCUACAACAUUCCCGAUCUCUCAGCUCGAAGUCUGGAGAAUUUACUGACUCGUCUGAAAGUUAACCGCACCCUGUGGUGCGCCUACUGGAACCAUGAGUUGGGAGGGCUCGAGCAUUCCUCUGGUCCGUGUCCAGAACUUCAUUCAUUCAGACACUGCCGUCAUCUAUGCACAAUGCGGCACCUAUAUUACGGCGCUCUGGACGCCUGCCUUCGUGGCUGCGGCGGUGCACCUUCUCCCACUUCUGUGCGGACAAGCACGGACCAGGCAGCACUGAAUGCAUCCAUGUCCAGGACGAGGCGCUCUUCAGGUACGGAGGAGUUGGAGGAGGAGAAAGCGUUGAAUGCAGAUAUGGAAGACGGAGCUUACGACGCGGAUGCCAGUGCUAAUGAAGAGGGGGAAGUGAGGAUAAUGGAUCAUCUCACAAGGCUUUCAGCUUCUGGAAAGAGUGGAGAGGGAGGGGGAGAGACGUAUUUCUCGGUUCAAAGCUCUUUAGAGCGUCUGUGCCCAAAUCAGCAUGACCGCUUCGAUGUCGGCGUGGAGGGUGAUGUGCCUGGUUUGCGCAUUGAAGUAGACCUGGUAGUCCGAAUUAACUGGGUUUCCUUCAGCCUGAUCGAGAUAGAACCCGCCGACUUUCCCAACUGCUCACGAUAUCUCUUUAUACAAGCAUCAGAUGCUGAUGAUGAUGAUGUUAAAAAAUGCCCUUCAGAAAGGCUUCUUGAACAAAUACCCGAAUCUGUUCGGGGAAUUAUUGACAAAGUUAUCGCGAUACGACUUAGGCCAGAUCGAACUAGUGAGGCAAUUUCCACCUCCAUUUUGUCUUCUCCAUAUCCUCCAACAAUUAGGGAACAUGAUCUAUGCAAUUUUUUGGGGGUUAUGGAUUUGGAGUUGAAGCUAGAUUCCGAUUAUGUGCAACCAUUCAAUAAUCUUCCCACCGUUGAAUUCGGAAUACCGACAGACUUUCGUCCCUACGUUGUCCAAUGGAUGAUACAUAUGCAUCAGUGGAUGGGGAUUCCAACGAGGGCCUUGCACACAGCUGUGGGGCUAAUGGAUCUGUGCACCCAACUUCAGCCCAUUGCGUGCCAAGACUACCAGACAUUAGCCAUGGCUGCACUCAUUAUGGCCACUUUGCAAUGGAAACCUAUUUUUGAAGUUGAUUUUUGUAAGCUGUGUGAAAUUACUCUUAAUGAAAUGGCACCGCAACAGAUAAGAACGAUGGUAGCAUCAAUGAGGUCAUGGAUUGGAAGUAGAGCUAAUUUUCCAAUUCCACACCAAUUUCUCGACGUCUUUAUUUUUGGCCUCCUUGACUUCACUUAUGAUAUGAUAAAAUGGACUAGAAAGGCCUGCAAUUACAUCUUCGAUUUGGGCCUUCAGGACGAGCGACUGUGUCACUAUUCUGCCACCCUGCGAUGCGCUUCAGUUCUCUACCUCAUUCGUUAUAUUUUGAAGAGAAAAUGUGAUUGCUCGGAUGAUAAACAGGGUGGUGGGAAAAGCUGUCAAUAUCGCAACAUUCCUCUAUGGCCUGAAGCACUAGUGAAAUUUACGAGUCACCACGACACCGCAAUACUUCGACGUGUUUCCGGCAUCUACCUGGAUGCUCUAAUGCUGGCCCAAAAAUAUGGAGUUAAAUUUUAUCAGCGAUGUCAUUCGGGUUCACCAAACUCGGUUGUUUUCAACAAGUACAUGAGACCGGAAUAUAACUACAUUGCAAUGGAUCCAAAAUUGCGCAAUUUCACCCAUUUAGACAGAAUUAUCUUGGCAUCAGCAUAA